CUCCUGGGAGACUGGCUUGGUGGAGGUGCAGCAAUGCAGAAUUAACUUGCCUGCUUCCUGAGGACUGCCCGAGGUUCUGGGUGCUUGUUGCAGAGGACAGUUGGCGAUGGCUCAUUGUGACCAGUGGACAGGAAGGAAUGCUCAAUCCCCAGCACCCAGCCCUGAUUUACACUGAAUAACCGCGAGCCCUGUCUCCUGCAACAGAUUAAUCUUCUCGCUGUUUCAACGACCAUGCGAUGGUGAUUUAAUACAAACACCCGAGCUGCUGCUGCAGACUGCUUUGGAGAUCAGGCUUCUUCCUCUCUCUCUCUCUCUGUAUCUGUUGCAAAUCUCCCUUUUUUUUUUAAAGUUAAUUUUUAUUUUAACGCUGUUACAAUGGCUGCUGCUAUCGCCAGUUCUCUUAUCAGACAGAAAAGACUGGCCAGGGAACAGAGAGACAGAUCACUCCCGUCUAAACGCAUCAGUAGUCCCAGUAAAAGCAAAGGGAUUUGUGAGAGACACUGGUUUGCUGUGUUUUCCAAAGUCAGGAUUUUUGGCUUGAAGAAACGCCGCAGGAGGCGCCCAGAGCCUCAGCUUAAAGGUAUCGUAACAAAGUUAUACAGCAGGCAAGGCUACCACCUGCAGUUACAGCCAGAUGGCGUUAUCGAUGGGACAAAAGAAGAAGGCAGUAGUUACACUUUGUUCAACCUCAUACCAGUGGGCCUUCGGGUUGUCGCCAUUCAGGGCGUGAAAACAGGACUGUACUUGGCAAUGAAUAACGAAGGCUACCUUUACACAUCAGAACACUUCACACCAGAAUGCAGGUUCAAGGAAUCGGUAUUUGAAAACUACUAUGUGACCUACUCAUCCAUGUUGUAUAGACAGCAGCAGUCUGGAAGGGGCUGGUACUUGGGACUUAACAAGGAGGGCGAAAUCAUGAAAGGAAACCACGUGAAGAAAAAUAAACCAGCAGCCCACUUCCUCCCCAAACCAUUAGAAGUUGCCCUUUACAGAGAGCCAUCACUACAUGAGUUGGCGGAGGUUCUGUCCCGUUCUGGAACACCCACCAAGAGUCGAAGUGCCUCUGCAGUGCUAAACGGGGGAAAGACGGUGAGUCAGACUGAAUCGACGUAGCUGCCUGGAGGCUCAACCCCUGUCCAGACAAACCACGAUACAGAUGCCGUCAACAUAUCACUAGCAGACAGUCUCUUUCUGUUAUAAAAUGAUUCAGGAAACAAGCUACUAAUGAGCUGGGUAAAGUCGCACUCCUAUCAGCCUCUUAGGUCCUUCUGAUUUUUCUGUCAGUGGAUAAAUUUUAGCCGAGAAAAUGCUUGUGCAUCUCACCAAACACUGGGACGGCCGAUGAAACAUCAUUUGUGGGAUGUGGUGCAAUGGAAGGAAUGCCAUUUUAUCCCAUCAUCAGAUCCGUCUCCAGGAAACAAUUCAUAACACAAUUCGCAACCUGUUCACAAGCUGAAAACAAUUUACAGCUCAGCAGUGAACACACAGGCUCACAGGCACACACACACAC